AUGGAGACUUUAUCUCUGCUAUUGCUGAACCUGGGGUUGGUUCUCGCAGAAGCCUCGGGAAACACAAUGAAGAUAAUUAAAGAAGAAUUUUUAGAGGAAGAAAUGGAAUAUGACAUAGCAAAAAGUGGCCAAGAAAAACAGACCAUUGAGGGAUUAACGAACUGGACACUGUUAGAUAAAAAUACCAACCUCAGCAUGUCCAAGGAUGUUAUGUUUUCUUCAUUAAUGACAUUCAGAAGCUUACAGUAUAGCUUCCCCAAGGGAAACAGUCCAGGUGGUGACAGAGAGUGUUGUAAUGCCAUGGUCUUCUGGAGAACUGUGUCAGAAGCUAAUGGGUCAUACAAACUGAGAAAUAACUUCAUCCAUGACUCCACAGAAAUGAUGCAUGGGAUCCCCAAGUUCCCUAGUUGCAGGUAUGAACUGAAUCUUGAUAUGGUUCGAGGUAAUGUGGUAGAACCAAGCUGCUACGAAAGCCCCAAACUGAAGACCGUUAUACGCCAGCUCCCGACAGAAAAACAAUUUCCCAGAUGCCAAUAUAACAGUGUUACCGCAUUUAAAAAACUGUUCACAGUGCUGACAGGUCAUUCUCUAAUGAGCUGGUUAGUGUCUCUAGAUUGUAAUUCCUACAGAACUCUGAGACUGGGGUCUUCCUAA